AUGACAGAGCUAAGCCGACCAACAAAUGGGUUGGAAGGGAACAUGUUGGACCCCAUUGAUGUCUACAAAUCAAGUGGCUCAGUUUAUUAUGAUCUCUCUAACCAAAAACAGUCGCACUUUCUGGUCCCACAAAUGCAACCUCUAAUUCAUCUCGAAUCACGUGAGAUUCGUACAGGCUGGCUGUGGGGCCUUCCUACGUGGAAGACGUUGAAGUCAUCCUCUUGA